CAUAAACAAAUCGUUGUCAAACGGUGCUAAUGUUCUCCUUGCCCCAAGCGAAACCGUAACGGCAUCCUCCAGCGUCUACUCCAGCACUCCCAUCUCAGCCUAUGCAGUCUCCGCGAAGGUUGCUACCCGCUUUGCGAACGACCUUAUAGCCCUGCCCAGUUGGUGCAUGUUUCCUGUUCGAUGAUUUGAUUAAAAGAGGCCCUGGCUGCGGAAACGGGAUCAACCAUUCAACCUUCAGGAGAGGAAUGGGUGGCUCUGAAGCCAUGCAAGCUGUUAAGGUUUAUCACCACCUUCUAAAAGCUCUGGACAAACACAUUGGUAGACAUUUCAGAGGUUUCAUAACUCAAGAGUUCCGGAAGAGCUCUGAAUUGUCAGAUCCAUUGGCUGCUCAACAAAAAGUAAAGCUUGCUCAUACUUACACAUAUCUUCUCAACCAUGUGCACCAUCAAAUGGACUUGCUAUUCUCGUACAAUAUUGCUGUGGAUAGAUCAGAUGAGAUGAAAAGAAUAGUGGGGAAAUCUGCUGCAAGUGUUGGUCUUCAGCUUCCUGAUGUCUAUAAACCUUAAUGGUUGCCACAGUUUCAUGGCCUUAAGGUGCUUUUGUUAAGAAUCGUCUCUCCAAUGUAUUUUGUUUUGAAUUCAUGGGGAGUAGUUAUUCUUUUUUUUUUUUUUUUGGACAUCUUCAUUUGAUGUCAAGGCUUAUACUGAACAUUGGUCUACCAGAUUAGAGAAUAAAAUAUGCAAAUUACACAACUAGCCAUUCAAAGAGACAUUCUUAUGUUAUGUGCAUUGGCAUCUGACUAUAUUUCUGAUGUAAUAUUGUCGCAUUAUAUGUUGUUGGAAUUAUUCAGUUUGGCUC